CGAUCCCAUCAUCAUGAUGUGGUCUAACUUCUUCAUGCAAGAGGAAGACCGUCGUCGGACGGCUGUGGGCCGGCGUCGUGCCCAAGAACAGCAGAAUCUCGGCUUGACUCCGGAGCGAGAGGGCAAGAUCAAGCUGGGGUUGCUGGUGGCUAUCGUGGGUGCCACGCUGGCUGUGCUAGCUGUGGGCACCGAGUUCUGGGUGGAACUCAAUACGUACAAGACCAACGGCAGCGCCGUCUGUGAGGCCGCCCAUUUGGGGCUGUGGAAGGUGUGCAUCAAGCGACUGUGGCAGGCGGAUGUACCCGCGGGCAGGGAGACCUGUGGCCCAGCUGAGCUGCCAGGAGAAGCAAACUGCACCUACUUCAAAUUCUUCACCACGGGGGAAAAUGCGCACAUCUUCCAGAGAACCACCAAGAAAGAGGUAAACCUGGCAGCUGCUGUGAUAGCUGUGCUGGGCCUGACAGCCAUGGCCUUGGGCUGCCUCUGUGUCAUCAUGGUACUCAGUAAAGGUGCAGAGUUCCUGCUCCGCUUGGGAGCUGUCUGCUUUGGCCUCUCAGGCCUGCUGCUCUUUGUCAGCCUGGAGGUGUUCCGGCAUUCCGUCAGAGCCCUGCUGCAGGGGGUCAACCCUGAGACCCCUCCAGCUCCACGCCUGGCCUAUGAGUAUUCCUGGUCCCUCGGCUGUGGUGUGGGCGCUGGUCUGAUCCUGCUGCUGGGGGGAGCCUGUUUCCUCCUGCUCACCCUGCCGUCCUGGCCCUGGAGGUCACUGUGCCCCAAGCGGGGUGGCCCAACUGCCUAGAGCGCUGGCCUGCUUUCUGAAGGCGUCUGCCAACCCUGCCUCAGUUUCCAGCUUUCUCCUCAGGACUUUUCAUCUCUCUUCUAGAGAAACUGUUUUUCCCGCUCUGGUGGGCCCAUUUCACAAAAUGUCUUGGUCCCUCAUCUUCUCUCUGUAAAUAAUGCUUUUGGGGGUGUGGGGAAUGGCUCAGUAAGUAAUCGCUUGCUGAGCAAGCUUGAGGACUUGGAGUUUGAGCGCCCAGAACUCACUUUAAAAGCCAGCACAGUAGUCCAUGUCUAUAAUUCCAAUGUUGGGAAGGCAGAGGUUAGAGGAACCUUGGAGCUCACUGACCAGCUAGCCUAGUCAAUUAUUGAGGUCAGGUUCAGUGAGAGACCCUGUCUCAAACAGUAAGGCAGAAGCAACAAAGGAAGAUGCCUGAUGCUAAACUCUGACAGACAGACAGACACACACACACACACACACACACACACACACACCACACCACACCUUUGUUGAAUUUGGGUUGCUUGAGGUAGGAUGGGAAGUUCCCUGGGGAAACUUCUAGGGAUCCGAUGGGAGAUGGGUGAAAGGGCUGGGAUCCCAGAAGGAUUUGGGAGCUUUCUUUCCAAUUCCUUGCUGAUCCACGGAAUGGAGAGACGUCCUACAACUGCCAGAUGGAACAAGGAAGAACCCGGGUCCGACUUCACUGUCAUCAGACUUGGGAUUAAAGGUUUGAAGAUGUGACA